AUGGCCCUCGAAGCUGCCGACAAUGACAAGUACGAAGUCAAAGAAAUCAUUGGUCGCGGCGCCUUCGGAAUCAUCCGUAAAGUACACCGGAGACAAGAUGGACACGUCUUGUGCCGCAAAGAGAUCAAUUAUCUCAAGAUGUCCCAGAAGGAACGUGACCAGCUGCACGCCGAGUUCUCCAUCCUUUCGUCGCUCAACCACCCGAACAUAGUCGGCUACUUCCACCGCGAACACCUCAAACAGACGCAGGAGCUGUACCUCUACAUGGAAUACUGUGGCGGCGGUGACUUGGGCACGGUGAUCAAGGACCUGAAGCGGAAGAAGGAAUUCGCAAAGGAAGAAUUCGUGUGGAGGAUAUUCAGCCAGAUCGUUACCGCUCUCUACCGAUGCCACUAUGGAGUCAACCCGCCUGAAGCCGGAAGUGAUUUUUCCAGACAGGUGCUUCCGCCAUCCACCAAGGGCAAGAUGAUCCUCCAUCGCGACCUCAAACCGGAGAAUAUCUUCCUGGGUGCGGACCAAUCUGUGAAGCUAGGUGACUUUGGGCUGUCGAAGAUGAUUCAGUCGCAUGAUUUUGCGUCAACCUAUGUCGGAACACCCUUCUACAUGUCACCAGAGAUCUGUGCUGGGGAGAAGUACACCCUCUACUCCGACAUCUGGUCGCUAGGGUGCAUAAUGUACGAACUCUGCACCAAGGAACCACCAUUCAACGCCAACACCCACCUACAGCUUGUUCAGCGGAUCCGCAAAGGAGACUUCCCACCUAUUCCCGACGUGUAUUCCAAAGAUCUCGCCAACGUCAUCGCGCAUUGUCUCAAGACAAAUCAGAGACAACGUCCUGACACCAGUUCUCUGUUAACAGUGCCUUACAUCUGGCUUGCGCGCAGGCAGCAAGAGAUGGUCGCGCUUGGCCAAGGCUUAAAGACCCGGGAGGAGGUUGCGGAGCACAAGAUCAGACAGGCAGAAGAAAGACUGUCGGCACUUGAAGCAGAUCGUGCUGUCCUGAAACAUGAGAUCGACUCCCAGCUACGUCGCGAGUGGGAACUCAAGGCCCGACUCGAAAUUGACAGACAAGUCCAGGUGGAGCUGGAGAGACUACGCAAGAAGUUCGACAAGGAGGUUGAGGAGCGCGCAGCACAGGUUUUGUCAAGACAGAAACCCUCAAUUGAAGGUACAGCGCUAAGAGAUAUUCGCAAUCCUCCUGGACCGGUCUACAACAAAGAGAACUUGAACCCGAGCUCAUCAUUCAACACGGCUGGCGAGGAAGACUUCCCGUCAACAACCGAUAUCACAGACUUAUCAGACCUCUCAAUCCUGUCGCCAGUGAGUUCCACGAAGCCGCCACCCAAAAAGACGAAGACUCCAUUUGCCCGGUCCAAGACGACAUUUGACUCACCAGUUGAUGUGCAAAUGUCUGAACCAUCACCGAUGUCUAUUUCAUCCCUUGCUCUAUCACCUCGCAGAAAUGCUACAGCUCAAGCGACCGCCAACACAACAGUCACCGCCACAGGCGCAAAGAACAUCUUUGCCGAAGCAGCACGUCAGAAGACUCGUUGGGAGCCUCGGUUGGCAUACUCAUCGGAUGAGGAAAAUAUCAAUCCUGCUGACGACUCGGAAGAUGAUGAGUUCCCUGAUUUGUCCAGCCCUACGAGACCAAAAGCAAAGGUAGCAGACACUGAUCCCUUCAAGAAUCCUUUGCCGUUGAAGAACCGACCUGUCAUCACGAGGCAGAACACAACGGCGACCAUGCAGAAAUUGAUGACGAAGCCCGCAUUGUUCCCGUCAGCUAACACGGCUGCACAAGUGAGAGCUGGAAUUGCUUCAGCAAAAGUUGCCAAUUCCAUCAACGGUAUUCCGCGAAAUGCAACGGACUGUGAUCUCAAACCCACUGCAAUCAAGGCUACAAGUCCUAACCGACGCCUCAGCAAGAUCCCAAGUCGCAACGACCUGAGGGAACAUGCCAUUGCGGAAGAGGGAAGCACGAGCCCUUUGAGACGAGCAGCAACUAUAGGCGGCGGGCUCCGCAGCAAGCUUGCAGGUGGUAACGACCCGGCGGGUGGGUUGGGCGUCGCAGGCCGGACGCGCGUCGAACUGCAUCAAGCGCGCGCUGGAUGCGUACCGGUGAAGGCGAGGGUUGCUGAAAAGGACCUUCCCCCUGUUCCCAUCUGGGACCCCGAGAUUUGUGGAGAUGAGAUGCCGAGUCCGUUCUUGAAGAAGGACGUCAAGCAAAUACGGCUUAUACGGUGA